ACAUUAGCGCAGACACCGUGACUCACUCGACCGAUGAAGCAUAAAAGCCUGAGGCCAUGUGCCAGCGCGCCAGAACUCUGUCGCUAUUUCUACCAUGGCUCCUGUCCACAACGCGUGUGUGAUCUUCAACGAGAUUCCCAUCAGGUACGUUUUUCGAAUCGCAACACCCAUACAUGUGUGUAACCUCUGUGUGCAUGUAGGGUAUCCAGAGCCCGGAAAGACCGUCGUCUACGAUGCCUCCCAGACGAUCGAUCUCGAUACCGUCCCAUUAAACGGGGGUUUCCUCAUGAAGAUCCUUGUCCUCUCGAUCGAUCCUUGGAUGAGAGGAAGGAUGCGCGACCCGUCUAUCAAGAGCUAUUCGUUGCCCUUCAUCCUGGGGAAACCGCUAGACAACUUCGGAGUGGGACUUGUCGUUCGCUCCGACAACCCGGCAGUCAAAGUUGGGCAGCAUCUGUAUGGCUUCUAUGCCUUCCAGGAAUACUCCGUCUUCAGGGACCUGUCCGAGCUGAGACGUGCGCGUGUCCUGGACUUGGGGAUCAAGGAAGGUAUACCUUUGUCGGCAUAUGUUGGCGUAUGCGGGAUGCCAGGCCAGACUGCAUUCUAUGCAUGGAACGAAUUCGCAAAUGCAAAGAAGGAUGAUGUCGUGUUUGUCACUGCCGGUGCGGGGCCCGUCGGAUCGACCGUCAUCCAGCUCGCGAAGCAAGUGGGCUGCAAAGUGAUCGCUUCAGCGGGAUCCGAGGAGAAGAUCGCUUUCCUCAAAUCCAUCGGUACCGAUGUCGCGUUCAACUACAAGACAGAGAAGACGCUCGACAUAUUGCAGAGAGAGGGCCCGAUCAAUAUAUACUGGGACAACAUCGGCGGCGAGAGCCUGGAAGCCGCGCUCGAGGCAGCUGCGUGGCAUGCGCGGUUCAUCAUGUGCGGCAUGAUCUCCUCGUACAACAGCGAGAACGACUACCCCGUCAAGAACCUGUCCCAGAUCUUCUCGAAGAGCCUGACGCUGUACGGCUUCACCCUCUCGCAUCUGCACGCCAAGUACGUCGACCGGUUCUAUGACGAGGUCCCGGCGAUGGUCAAGGAAGGGAAGCUCAAGUUCAAUGAGGACGUGAGCAGGGGCUUGGAGAGCGCGGGCGAAGCCAUUCUGGAGGUACAGAAGGGCAGGAACAAGGGGAAGAAGGUCAUCCUGGUCGCGGAGAAGUGAAGCGGGUCUCGUAAUCAGUAUACCGCAAAUCAAGUUGUAUACUAUAGCGCGCACGGGCAGUCUUCGGUCAUUCGACCGAGGCCCACCUUUGUUCGACGCGAAUGCAUUAUGCCAUUGUGCUUCGUACCGCCUCGCGCGGCUGAGGCAGCGCGUAUG